AUGAAGGCGGAGAGGAGUCUGAAGGAUGCGCAGAGCUCGCGGUCGCUCAACACCGUGCGCUUCAUGCAGCUGGCGCUGGCCGUGACGAUGCUGCUGUCCGUGUCCUACAUGUGGCAGUUCACGGCGGAGACCGUCGUGUCCCCCGCCUCGGACGAGAUCGAGGCCACGAGCGCCAAGGACGCCGCCGCCAAGCUCGUGGACGCCGCAGAGGCCGCCAGAGCUGUGCAGCGCGACCGCACCCAUGCCCACACGCAGUACCUGGUGCGCGGCUUCGAGGAGGCGCACAAGUUCGUGCGCGAGUACGACGUGGACUCGAUGGGGCCGCUGUUCAUGCUCUUCAUGAGCGACACGGACGCCAACGGCACGUACUGGUUCCCGCCCUGCCAGCAAGUCAAGGAAGCCGUGUACAAAGGCUUCAAGCGUGCCCCGCGGCGCUCGAGGCUGCUGGAGAUUCAGGUGGGCCCGGAGAAGUUCUGGAACGACCUCAUGAACCCGUUCCGACAGAACCAGCUCUUCUACAUCGACUAUCUGCCGACGCUUAUGCGGUACGAUGGUGGUGGUAACUCGUCGGCGCUGCUGGCUGGACCCAACUGCUUGAACCAAGAUCUGCUGGAUGUGGUGUUCAAGGUCAACAAGCCGGCGGCGGGCCAGCCCAACGCCAACCGCGUCAUGCACUUCAACAACCCGAAGCAGGUCAUGGACUUCAUGGCGUUCUACACCUACGACUACCCGCUCUUCAUGUUCUACGUGUCGGGCGUGCACGCCUUCAACAACCGGCUCUGGUGCCCGUUCUGCGAUAAGGCAGAGGUGCCGGUCAUGCACUACUUCAACUACACGGCGCCGGCCAACGCGGUGCUGAUGCGCAUUGUGGUCGCGCGCGAGCCUCGCCAAUGGUUCGACGAAGACAACGACUUUGUCGGCCCCGAGUUCAGCAAGAAGGUCGUGGAGUUCGACGGCGUGCCGUACCUGGGCUUCGUCGACCGGAACCGCACCAGCAACCAGAUCAAGGUGAGGGAGUUCGUGCACAGCAUGGACCAGCACGAAAAGCUCAAGGACUUCUUCCGACAGAAGGCCCCAGGCCCCGCAGCAGUAACAACCGUCCCCGCGGCAUGA